AUGGAGGAGCGCAAGAUGGCCGCGGCGGUUACAGAAAGAGCAACAAGCCGAAGGCGCGACAAGCGCACGGGACCCGCGGCGCUUCGAAGCGUGCGCCAGGAGAAGCAAGCUGAAAGUGAAAAAUUCGUCAGUACAGCUUUUGAGCUUGAUCCGCGCAAUUUUGGCAAGACCGUGUGCAUCUCAAAGCGCCCGGAGAGUCAGAAAGGAGUGCAAGAGGAAAUCUCUGCUCUCCAGAUCAACGAUGUGUGGCGCGUGAUGAAUGCAGCCCAGGCACAAACGCCUUCACUCUAA